GGAGAAAGCAGCCACCACAACUGUAUCACGAAAUAAGCCAGUCCAUCUACAAGCCCCGAACAAUGACGGCUUCCAAAGAUGAAAAGCAGCAGACACAAGAUGAGAGCAGCGCUGCUAAAAAGACCAAGAAACACAAGAAGAAAGAGGAUAACUGGAGACCCCAAGGCCCUCGAGACCCAUUUGCCAUGCUGAAUGCAUUGCCAGAAGAGAAGCAACAAGAAAUCCAAAGGGCAUUGCACCUCUUUAAUUUGGGUCCAACUCUACCCAGAACGCUAGAGCAAGCAAAGAAACAUCAAUACCUCUUCUGGGACACACAGCCUGUCCCCAAACUUGAUGGCGCUGUUACAAGUCACGGUCCAAUAGCAGAAGAAGAGCGCGUUGUUCGGACAGAACCCUAUUCUCUGCCCCAGGGCUUUUCAUGGGACAAUCUGGACCUCUCCAGUACUGCAGUGCUGAAAGAACUCUGCACACUUCUGAACGAGAACUUCACAGAGGAUGAUGACAAUACAAUCAGAUGGGACUUCUCUGAGGAGUAUCUCAAAUGGGCUUUGCAGUGCCCACAGUGGCUGCCCCAGUGGCACUGUGGUGUCAGGGUAAAUUCUAAUAAGAAACUGGUGGGAUUCAUUGCUGCUGUUCCUUCAGAUGUAAAAGUGUAUGACAAGGAGAUAAAGAUGGUCCAGGUGCGACUCUUGUGUGUCCAUAAAAAGCUGCGCCUGAAGAGGAUGACUCCGGUUCUGAUCCGAGAACUCACGCGACGGGUGAACCAGCAGGGCAUCCUUCAGGCCUUCUACACAGCUGACAUUGUGCUGCCCACUCCUCUGAGCACCUGCAAGUACUGGCAUCGUCCUCUGAAUCCGCGAAAGCUGAUGGAGUCGAACUAUCCUGGAGUGAAACAGAACAUAGGGGUGCAGAGAGCAGUCAAGCUCAACAAGCUGCCACACGUAACAAAGACACCUGGCCUCCGUCCCAUGACCUCUACCGACGUUACAGCGGUUCACUCUCUGCUCCAGUCCAACAAGUCCUCGUUUGACCUCAGCACCAGCUUCUCUGUUCAGGAAGUAGAACACUGGCUGCUUCCUAGAGACAGAUUGGUCUACUCUUAUGUAAUCCAGGGUGAAGAUGGAAGUCUGACAGGCGUGUUUAGUUUCCGUGGUCUCAGCUCUAAGAUUCUGAAUCACCCACUGCACACAGAGGUGAGAGAGGCCCAGCUCCUGUACUGUGCAUGCUCCUCUGCAGACCCAAUGGAGCUAAUGGAGGAUGCACUAGUCCUGGCUAAAACGAAUGGUUUUGACAUCUUCACAGCCUUAGACACCAUGGACAACAAGAGAUUUUUGGAAAAACUCAAAUUCAACAUGAGUAGAGGAAAAAUUAACUUCUACCUGUACAACUGGCAAUGUCCGACCAUAAAUCCAGACAAGGUGGGUUUUGUAUUACCCAGCUAAUCUGCCCUUGGGAACAAGAGAUGGCCUGUCAUAGCAGAGGAUAUACAACUUUUAUUACAAGCAAUGCAGAGCUAAAUUGAAGUUGAAACCACCAAAUAGAUUACAGAAAUAAAACUGUAUGCACUGACAA